CUGGGUCUUUUUGUGGGAGAAGGGCUACCAGGAAACAGACUCUGUGGUCAGUUCUGUAACCACAAAGGUGAAAGGAGUAACACUGACCAACACAUCCGCCUUGGGAGCCAGGAUCUGGGACGUGGCUGACUAUGUCAUCCCUCCUCAGGAGGAGAACGCUGUGUUUGUCAUGACCAAUGUGAUACUCACACUGAACCAGAGCCAAGGCCGCUGCGCAGAGCUUCCAGAUGAGGAAACAGAGUGCAAGGUAAAGAAGGACUGUGUUCCAGGUUAUGUCAGCACCCACAGCAAUGGCAUCCAGACCGGGGAGUGUGUUCCAUACAACCACAGCAUUAAGACCUGUGAAGUCUUUGCGUGGUGCCCUGUGGAGGAUGACUAUCAUAUACCCAAGCCAGCGUUCCUGCAAGAGGCUGAGAACUUCACCAUGCUGGUGAAGAACAACAUUUGGUACCCCAAGUUCAACUUCAGCAAGCGAAACAUCCUCCCCUCUAUCAACUCCACCUACCUCAAGAACUGCAUCUAUGACUCCCAGACAGAUCCCUUCUGCCCUAUCUUUCGUUUAGGGAAAAUAGUUGAAGCUGCAGGGCAGAACUUUCAGGAAAUGGCUGUGGAGGGUGGAGUCAUGGCGCUGCAGAUCAACUGGGACUGCAACCUUGACAGAGCUGCUUCCCACUGUGUGCCAAAGUACUCCUUCCGACGCCUCGACAACAAGGACUCUGCCCACACCGUCUCACCUGGGUACAACUUCAGGUUUGCAAAAUACUACAAGGAUAGUGAUGGCACUGAAUCACGGACACUUGUCAAAGCUUAUGGCAUCCGCUUUGAUAUCAUAGUGUUUGGAAAGGCAGGAAAAUUUGAUGUAAUUCCUACCAUGAUUAACAUCGGCUCUGGCUUAGCGCUGUUUGGUGUGGCAACAGUGCUAUGUGACAUUGUUGUUCUGUAUUGCAUGAAGAAGAAAUACUACUAUCGGGAGAAGAAAUACAAAUAUGUGGAGGAUUAUGAACUGGGAGUCGGUGAGGCAUACGGAACAGACUCCUGA